AUGCAGUGCUUUCUGUUCAAGCUGCGUACCCACCAGUGGUGUUUCCUCCUGUUCAACGUGCUGCUCUUCCACGCCUUAUUGUUCGGGGCCGAUUUUGUCGAGGAGUACCUCCUGCAGCCCUCGCCUGCUGUCUACACCGAUGGCACCGUUGUUGAAGUGAGGGAAAGAGCGAGGAAACUGGACCUGAGCAAUGCCAGGGAGAACAUGUCCCAGGUCUACCCCAUCACUAACCCUGAUGCCUGCAGGAACUCUGACCUCUUCCUCCUCACGCUAGUCUUCAGCUCCCCAGAGAAUGUUACCCAGCGAGAGGCAGUCAGGAGGACGUGGGCCAACCAAACUCUAAUCCAGGACUUUCCCGUGAAGGUGCUGUUCUUCGUAGGAUCUACUCAGACUUCUGCUGCACAGGAGACCAUCAUGAGAGAGUCCGACCACUAUGGGGACAUGGUCCAGGCUCAUGACAUGGCUGAUUCGUCCCUCCGGGGCCCAUCAGAGAGGACGGUGCUGGCACUCCGCUGGGUCAUCACCUUCUGUCCUCUGGCGCGGUUUGUCCUGCUCACCGAGAACUCUGUGUUCGUCAAUCUCCCUGCCAUCGGAGGCUACCUGCUCGGGUUGCACAGGCCGCCUGAGGACAUUUACCUAGGUAGGGUGAUCCAGAAAGACCCACCUGAUAGAGACCCCAAAAGUUCCGGCUACCUUCCCCUCGUUCUCUACCCUAACAAGUACCUGCAUGAAUACUGUGACGGGACGGCGUACGUUCUGUCCCAAGAUGUGGUCCGAAAAGUGUACGUAGCCUCUGCGGCGGUUCGAGCUCCUGUGAGAGCUGCUGUGUUUGUGGGCCUUUGUGCUCACAAGGCUGGUGUGGUACCGACCCACUGCGCCAGGUUCUCGGGAGAAAAACACAUUCCUUACAACGCCUGCUGCUACCACUACCUGUUCAGCUCAGCAGGGAUGGGGAAUCGUGAGCUGGAGAGAGUUUGGGCAGACCUGGGACAGAAGGGCGGAAGAUGCACACUGUUCAAGACCUACUAUGGCCUGGUGAAGUGCAAGGCCCUCUCAUACCUGGAUAAACUGUACUAA